CUUCAUUCCAAAGAAAGUUGCAGCAAACAAAGAUAAACCAUGGAUAACACACAGUCAGAAGCCAUGAAAAAGGCACAGGAGUUAAUCAAGCAGAAAGACGAUAUUGAAGCCGAGAUCAGAAAGGCACAAGAGGAGCUUCAAUCGCAAAAAGUGGGCAUGAAUGAAAAGUUGGUCGAUAACAACGGUUUCCCGCGCUCGGAUAUUGAUCUGGUGUUGGUCACAACAGCACGUUCUAACAUCGUCAGGCUAAAGAACGACCACAAAGCUAUUAUGGACAAGAUUGAAGAAGCUCUUCAUGCUGUCCACGCAGAAGCUCUCGCUGAGAAGCAACGUUCGAGCAAUAUGGCUAAUACACAGUCAGCAUCAACAUCUGUCGCUGACAAACGAACUGGAACAAAACAGGAUAGCAACGAGGAGUCCUUGAUUCCAUUCGCGCGUGUGAAUGCAGUAGCGCCAGAUUCUCCUGCUAAAGAUGCUGGUCUCAUGCAAGGUGAUCGGAUCGUGGCAUUCGGAACUAUCAAUAUCAAAACCUCUAACAUCAUGGCCUCAUUAAGUGAGCAUGUUCAGUCACGAGAAAAUAAACCCAUUAUAGUCAGGGUACUUCGAGGAGUGUCCACUGAAUUGCACUCACUGAUUCUGGUGCCGAAGCAAGGCUGGGGUGGCCGCGGUCUUUUAGGAUGUCACAUUGUGCCCGCUUAACUUUGUCGAACCCACUCACUUCCUUCUCCUCGCACUGAUACAGGUGAUUAGUAGUCGAUUUUAAUUAUCGGGAAUGAUUAGAAAUAAUAACUGUGACUACAAUAAAAAGAGAGGAAGGC